GGAAAUUCGGAAAUUUUAAUCGUAGAGUCCCUAAAUACAAUUUUAGAAUAAAACUGUAUAAUUACACAUUAAAAUAGUUCUAAAACAUAAAGAACGCAGAAAGCAAAGUCAAAUUCACACGGUAACAAUUGUUUCGUAAGAUGCGACGAAAAAGUGAGCGCGCUACGCCAAAAAAGGCAGAAACAGCAGUAACUCCUCGUCGAACUCGUCGAGGUAGAGGAGCUGCAAGAUCUCCCACGCCUGAAGAAGUAGAGGAGACUCCCGUCGAUGAAACUCCCCAAGUUCAAGAAACAGAAGAGUCUGAGGACGAAGUUAUACCUUUGCCAAAGAAACGGGGACGCAGAAGUACGAGACAACCAUCGACGGAUGCAGAGUCUACGCCAACAACAAAGCGUCGAGGACGUCAAAGACGAGUAACACAAGUUUCUGAAGUAAUUGAGGAAGAAACGCCCGCAGUUACUGAAGAACAAGAAACAGUUCCAGAAGAAGAAACAGAAGAGGAAAAUGUCGUGCAAGAAGCACAAGAAAUCGAAACAACUGCUGAUGAAGAACCCGAACAAACUUCUGAAUUAGUAGAGGAAAAUCGUCAAGAGGAAGAGCAAACAUCUCUUGAACAGAAAGAAGAAAUUGUACCUAUUGACGAUGAAAGCAACGCUGUCAGUGAAGCUCCCUCUGAACCUGUAGCCGAAGAAGUUUCAGAAGAAAAAGAGUCAAAUCAUGAAACUGUUCCUGUAGAAGAAUCUUCUAAAGAUUCGGAUAUUGUUGAGAUUCAACCUGCUCAAGACGAUUUUGCGCAAAGUAUAAAUGAAGAAAGUGUUCAGGAAGAAAAGAAAGAAGUUGAUCAUGAGAGUGAAAAAGUAGUUCAAGAAAAAGAGCAAGAGCCUGAAGAAACUGCUCCUGAAACUCCAAAACGACAACGCCGCAAGUUUACAGCGCAUUCCAGUAUUCAAGAGACACAAAACGAACAAAAACACGGUGAAAGUGAAGAUAAAACCAACGAUGAAGAAGUUUCUACAAAAAAGUCGUCUGAGAAAGAACAACUUCAACAAACUGAAAAAGAUGAUGACAACGAUACUGAAAGGGUAAGUAAUAAAAAACGGUCUUCAAGGUCAAAGGAAAAUGAUCAUAACAAUAUUGAUGUUGUGACAAAUACAAAUAAUAAACACAAAUCAUCAAUCAAAAGUGGCGGCGUGAUCGAGCACGAAGAGCUAAACAAAGACGACAAGGAACAUGAAACUGAAGCACACAAUGAUGAGAAGGAAAAUGAACCAAGUGCAACUGCGGCAAUUUCUGCUGCUCCGCUUCCUGCGGGUCAACGAAAACGCAAAUGGAUUACGCAAAAAUCCACAGAUAACAAACAAGCCAUAAUAUCAAUUUCGACGGAUUCUCUGAAAGAAUUGAUUCCGGAAGUUGUUCCUGUGCCCCUCAAUGACAUUCAAAUGGAUGUUUCUCUUGAGGCAGGCGAAAUUGCUGAUGAUUCAAAUUCUGAAAACACGGAAAAUAAGGAAAAUGCACGCAAACGACGUAUUUCUGAGAAAUCGGUAGAAAAUGAGAAACUCAAAAAGCGGAAGCCUGAAAAUGAUCAAGAAAAAUCACAAGUCACAAACAACAAGGAAAAGCAAUCUUUACCGCCAUCUCCUCCCAAACAAACACAGUCAAACAUUUUGUAUAUCACAAAUUUAGUAAGACCUUUCACAGUUUUGCAACUCAAAGGUUUAUUGGCACGCACGGGCAAAAUUGUCGAAAAUGGAUUUUGGAUUGAUAAAAUCAAAUCUAAAUGUUACGUUAAAUACGAAACUGAAGAUGAAGCUGUUGAGACAAGACACGCAUUACAUGGCGUUCGUUGGCCCGCUUCGAAUCCGAAAUGUUUGAAUGUCGAUUUCGGGCGAGAUAAAGAUAUGGAAAAGGCUAUUAUUUCAACAUUAGAAGAUGCUUCUCGCGCCAUGGCAACAACUGAUGCAUCAAAGGAAACUUCCGGAGGCUUUGGAUGGACAAAAGCAGAUGCUUUUCGUGCGGAUGUUGACGAAAAGAAAUCAUGGGAUAAGGAUCGUCCCGUACGUGAAUGGGAUCUUGGCAAGAAGGAUGAACACAGAGAUGACGAUGAUAACAGAGAUGAAAGACGACGUGACAGAGGAGAUCGCAAACAUGAUCAAAAUGAUGUAGACAGGCGUCGUCAUUCGCGAUCAGUUUCACCUGGUCGUCGCAAGGAACGCAAAUCAGAAAAUGAGCCUCCAAUUCGUCUUUUAGAUGACUUAUUUAGAAAAACGAAAGCAACUCCUUGUAUCUAUUGGUUGCCGUUGACAGCGGAACAAAUUGCUGAACGCGAAGAAAUUCGUCGUAAACGUUUGGAGGAGCAAGAACGUCAACAAAAGGAAAUGAAUAAGCAACGCGAAGAACGUAUUAAAGAACGUGAGCGUUUAAGACAAGAAAGACGAUCUCGUUCACGCGAAAACAGAGACAGAGACAAGCGUCGAAGAAGUCGUUCGAGAAGUCGUAGCAGAGAUAGGCGUCGUUAUAAUCGCUAAAAACAGUGACUCUUACAAAUUCUCUUAUUGUUUUUUUUUUUAUUAAUAUUUCAGUCACAUUAUAAUAUUUUAACCUUUCCAACAUCAUUCUCAUAAACUACCAGAUUUUUUUUUGCUUUAAAAAUCACAAAAUUAUAUUCGAAAAAACAUAAUAGCAUAAGUACCUUCGUUCCAAUUUUCGUUUCAUUUGAUGUCUUCGAAAAAAAAACUAAUGUAGAAAACGCGCGCGGAUCUUUCUCUCCAAUCAAAUUAAACAGUCUUUUUCAGUAUCAUCUACUCAGUAGGAAAUGUGUGGCUCCCGCAAAGAGUGCUUCGUAAUAAUAAUAGAAAACGUAAAAAUAGUAUAAAUUAAUUCGGUGUACGGAUAAAAACUUCAUGGAAUCAACAUUAAAAUCUCAUUUGGAAACCAUCUGGAUCAUCGAUGCUGAACUUUGGUUGCAAUGCAAAAUGGAAAAUCAACAACUACAUAAAAUUUAGAAUUGAAGUAAGUCGAAUUUCUUGACUUCAACAAACAAACGUAUUUUAAAACUAAAUGAAAACCGUAUAAAAACUCACAAAUUUAACCAGUAGUUUUGACAACAAUACAAGUCGUCAAGCAAAUUAAGUAAAUGAUAAGAUUGUAAUUUCUUUCCUUUGGAACAUAAAUUUCAUGAAUAAAAUCU